UUUUUAUGGUAACAUUUCAUAUUGUUGUGACCUUGGUAGUGACCUACAGACAGUGACGAUAAUAUAUGCAAACUAUUACCUAUUGUCUGUAUUAUAGACGAAUAACUAAAAUAAACACGAUGAAUUCAUAAAUCAUUUAAAAGCUUAAUUGUAUAAUAACUUCGGGCAAUGCAUAAUAAUAAUUUUCUUGAAACUACAAAGCCGGUGUUUUUGACAAAUGACAAUACGAUACUAAUGUUGUCAACAAAUAAAAAAAAUACCUAUUAAGUUUCCGAGAAAUGGAUAAACUUAAAAAUAUCGAUGUAGGCUCAAUAAAAUGGAAAUCUAUAAAGGAUGAAGGAUUGGAUUUGGAAUAUUGUGUACCGAUACCAAUAUCAACAGCUAAAAAUAUAUUUAUGGAACUUGAGAAUACACUGGAAUACUUUACUGGAGAUUUGGCGAAAAUUAAAGUUUUCGGAAAAGUCCAUCCCCUGCCAAGGCAACAAGUGGCGUUUGGGGAUCCAGGCAUCACUUAUAAGUAUUCUGGAAUAACAGUUCCUGCGUUACCUUGGCCAGCCCCCGUACUUGCUUUGAGAGAGUUCCUCCUAGCGAUUAAAGGAAUCAAAUAUGAUUUUGUUUUGGUUAAUAAGUAUAGAGAUGGCAAUGAUCAUAUGGGUGAGCACCGUGACAAUGAGCCGGAUUUAGACCCGGAAUAUCCCAUCGCGUCAAUAUCGUUGGGUCAAGAAAGGACCUUCGUUCUAAAACAUAGGGACGCCAGAAAAUCUGGCAAAGACAAAAGAGUAAUGCCAACAGUAAAAAUAAAUCUGGAGAAUGGCAGUGUUUUGAUGAUGAACCCCCCGACAAAUGAAUUCUGGUAUCAUUCGUUGCCUACGCGGAAGAAAUUACUAGGUGCAAGAAUCAAUUUAACAUUUAGGAAGAUGAAGAUAAAAUAAACAUACAUCAAUUUUAUUUGUAAAUAAUAAUCUAAUACCUACUGAUAGAUAAUCUCAGUUAGAUGUUUUAGUUUUAUGAGAAAAAACCCUGUUUGCGUAAGCUGAACGGUUUAUUUUCCAUUGUCAUUGUUUUAUGUCUGUGACUGUCGAGGAAAACAAAUGUCAACAGAAACGUCAAAUCAAAAUGGUUUGUUGUGUGAGCGAAUGUAAUCAGUUUUGUUAGAAAUAAUUCAUGACAAAGUUGAUAAAGAGGAAAUAAAAGUAUUUGAAAACAAA